CGAAGGAGCUGUGCGUUUCCUCUUCCAGAGUCAGCGAUGGGGAAACAAAACAGUAAGCUGGCGCCGGAGAUGCUGGACGACCUGGUGAGGAGCACAGAGUUCAGCGAGCAGGAGCUGAAGCAGUGGUACAAAGGCUUCCUGAAGGACUGUCCCACUGGCAUCCUCAACCUGGAGGAGUUCCAGCAGCUCUACAUCAAGUUUUUCCCCUACGGAGACGCUUCUAAGUUCGCCCAGCAUGCUUUCCGCACCUUCGACAAGAACGGUGACGGGACCAUUGACUUCCGGGAGUUCAUCUGUGCCCUGUCUGUCACCUCCAGGGGGACCUUUGAGCAGAAACUCAACUGGGCCUUCGAAAUGUACGACCUGGAUGGAGAUGGGAAGAUCACGCGGUUGGAGAUGCUGGAGAUCAUUGAGGCCAUCUACAAGAUGGUGGGGACUGUGAUCAUGAUGAGGAUGAACCAAGAUGGGCUGACUCCCCAGCAGCGUGUUGACAAGAUCUUCACGAAGAUGGACAAGGACAAAGAUGACCAAAUCUCCCUGGAAGAGUUCAAGGAGGCAGCGAAGAGCGAUCCCUCCAUCGUCCUCCUCCUGCAGUGUGACAUGCAGAAAUAGAGCCCAGGAUGGCUUACCGCUGGACUGGUUGAAGCCAACCUCUGCCCCCCAUGAUGGUUUCCACCCCCGUUGCCUAAUCCCCCAUCCCUGCCACACGCACGCUGCUUCCCAGAGCUGUACUCGGUGCCUGGGGGCACAGAUCUGCUGGGGAAAGUGUUUUCCCCGCUCCGCUGAGUCCCCCUGCGUUUCUUAGCCCCAGAUGUGAGCCAUGCUCCCAUCCGCCCUGCUAGCCCUCCGCCUCGUUCCUUGCUGCAUCCUGGGCACGGUCUGGCUGGUCCGGGGACGGCAGUUCUCCCUCAGCUGGUACCACCUACUCCAGAUGCUGCUGGCUUCAGCUUGCCGCACAAAUCAGCCCUCUCCGGCCUGGCGCUGGCCUCUCCGCAGCAGUGCUCCCCGACAGCUGCCGGGAGCGUCCCAGCUCCCCCAAGGUGACACGCUUAAGGCAAACUGCUCCAGCAUCCCAGCUGCUCGCUCCGUGCUCCCUCUGCUCUCCCCCACGGCUCCGCUUGGCCCAUUGCCUCAUCCUAAGCUUAAACCAGCUUUUUUUUUGCUUUCCACUCACCCUGAUGGCUUGUGAUACCUCCAGGAAGGCUGAAAGGCCCCAAGUCCUGGCCCCAGCGUUUCCUUUGCUGGUGAUUCCCCGUGAGGCCGCACGGAGCAGCCAGAGCUGGCACUGGGAGCCCUGGCGGGGUGCUGCACCCUCGCCGCGGCUCACUGCCCGGCUUUUGCCUUCCAGCCUUGGCCCUUGCUGCCGGGAGCGGCUCUGAGGGGCUGUGCAUUAGUGCCAGCCUCUGUUUUAAGCUGCCCUGGCAGCAUUUUGGAUGCCUGCAGAGUCUGCCCUUCCUGAUGACUGAGGAAGGGGAGAAGCCUAGGGCCCCGCACCCAGGAAAGGGGCGGCCUUGA